UAGAAUUGUUGUUGACGUUAGCGUCAAUCCUUUAGCUGCUACGGCUGCAGCCGGAGGCCUCUUUUUCUGUCUUUCGCUCGCUUUCUUUGUAUAAUAAUAUUCUUGCUACGACCAUGGAGUCUGGCGAAGGAGGACGAGGAGGGUGGAUGUCAAGACCAGCUCAGCAGCAAAAAAACAAGAUGAACAUGAAUAUCCUUCGCCAAGAGAAGCUGAUAGCUCAGAAGAAAAAGGAGAUUGAAGAACGAAUGGCAGAGCAAGCAAAGCUGAACGCUCAGACAACAAGCAAGUCCCUGCCUCCAAGCAGUUUGCCCAUCCCACAGGGAGCUACUUCGAACAAAUUUGCAAAUGAUGGAAGCUUCUUACAGCAGUUCAUGAAGAUGCAAAAAGAGAAAGCUAAUAACGUCUCAGAGUCCACCUGUGACCCCAAGGCUCCUUUAAGUUCAACUUCCUCUCCGCCAGGAAACGCUUUGCAGAAAAAGAGCGCGGUGGUUGCCCAGCGGCCUGCGAUUAAAGUUAGUAAAAUGAUUAGUCAGUUCAAGACCUACUCCCAGCCCAAGAAGAACCCUGUUCUCAGCCAAAGGCCUAGCGUGUUUUCCCAUCCUGACGAGGACGAUGAGGAAGAGGAGACGGAUUACUCCAAGUUCCUGGAGAUGAAAGUCCCUCCCCCAGCGGAAUCAAGCACCAGACUCAUUAUCAACAAGAUGGCCUCUUUCGUGGCCGAGGGAGGACCCGAGCUGGAGAAGAAGGCAAUGGAGGACUACAAAGAUGAUCCUAUGUUCUCGUUCUUAUUUGAUAAAAGCAGCUUGGAGUAUCUGUACUUCAAACACCGAGUUGCAGUUUUGAAGAAGGAUUUGCAGGAACGUGAGAAUAAAUCCGAAAAUGUCUCCCCCCCAGUGGACGCGGAAACCCAGCAAAUCGUUGAAAAUCUGGCCCGGUUUGUGGCGGAGGGUGGCCCAGAGGUCGAAGCCAUCGCCAUUGAACGCAACAGAGACAAUCCUUCAUUCAGCUUUUUAUUCGAGCAGCAAAGUCCGGCCUACCUUCUCUACAGAAAGAAACUACAGGAGUACCGUUCUACGUCUGAGAGCUCUUCACCGCCACCAGCAGAUUCCAGGACAGAUGUUCAGCGGCCAGCUGUGUCCUCAGUAAGGGGAAUCUCUCCGAAGCUGAACAGCUCCCCAGUGCCUCAAAGUCAGGAAUCAGAAACGCCUCCCGUCAAACGAAAGAGGAAGAGCAGAUGGGGGUCUGAAGACGACAAAGUGCAGCUGCCAGUUCCUCCGAUUGUUAUUCCCCAAGAUGUUAAUGUUCCAGACCCUAACACACCCUCUCUAUCCGUUCAGGAGCUGAGUGGUCUCGGUUAUAAGAAGGGAAAGCCUCUCGGUUUGGUCGGAGUGACUGAACUGUCUGACGACCAGAAGAAACAAAUCAAGGAACAACAAGAGAUGCAAGAGAUGUAUGAGAUGAUCAUGAAGCACAAACGGGCGAUGGCAGACAUGCAGAAGUUGUGGGAGAAAGCCAUUAGAGAGCACCAGCAUGAAUAUGACAGUGACGAAGAGCUGGACCAGGAGGCUGGCACCUGGGAGCAUCAGCUGAGAAAGAUGGAAAUGGAGAAGACGCGUGAGUGGGCGGAGUCUCUGACAGAAAUGGGGAAAGGGAAGCAUUUUAUUGGAGACUUCCUUCCCCCUGAAGAGCUGGAUAAAUUCAUGGAAACAUUCAAGGCUCUCAAGGAAGGCCGGGACCCAGAUUACUCAGAGUAUAAGGAGUUUAAGUUGACGGUGGAGAAUCUUGGUUUCCGGAUGCUCAUGAAGAUGGGCUGGCAGGAAGGAGAAGGCCUGGGCAGUGAAGGACAGGGAAUCAAAGCUCCUGUUAACAAGGGAACCACCGCGAUGAACGGAGCCGGGUUCGGAAUCGAGCGCCCAGCUGAGCUAACAAAGGGAGAUGAUGAGUACGACGCUUUCAGAAAGAGGAUGAUGCUUGCCUACCGCUUCAGGCCCAAUCCCCUGAAUAAUCCACGGAGGCCAUAUUACUGAUACAGAGGACGGUUUUUGUUUAUGCUCGUCAUCAAUUGUAACUAAAACAUUAGUUUGUGCAUCUGCUGCUCAUAUGCUUGGUUUUUAAAAUGUUUGACAGUAGAAAUCUUUGAAGUCUUGUCUGUGUAAGAAAAAGACCGAGAACAUUUCAAAUCUGGAAACUGCAAGGAAACGUUUGCAUAUUACACUAAAACGCCAGGUUUCUAUAAAAAUUUACCAACCUGUUACAUUGCGAAGGAAUUUGUGUAGCAUGAUGAAAACAUAAGCAGACUUGCAUCAUCUGGCUUUCAAAUAGUCACUCCAGUUUCAAUUGGCUCCCUUACAGAUCUUUGCACUUUUAUCUAAAAUAACAGUUUUGCAUAAGUACACAAUCUUCUGCAAAAUCCUCACAUUGAGUGAAGUUGUCACUUUGCUGUAAUUAUUAUUACGUAUCAGUAAUGAAUUCACAAUAAAAGGACCCUUCUUUGAAUUGUA